CAGUUGUGUAAGAUCGGUACAUCAUAACAAACACCAGGACUUCCCCUGCAAUGGAGCCGACAAUAAGACUCACACCAGGAUACACCAAGUGGGAUAUUCGGCAGAAGGUGUGGGAUUAUAUUGAGAAUAAUAAUUUGGCUGACUUUCCAAGACCAGUUCAUCAUAGGAUCCCUAAUUUCAAGGGAGCUGCCCUGGCAUGUCAAAAACUGUCAAGUUUACAGGACUUCCAAACUGCCAAGACUGUUAAGAUUAACCCUGACACCCCACAGAAGAACGCACGUUUCCUCACUCUGGAAGCUCAUAAAACAUUACUGGUGCCAACACCGCGACUCCGAUCUGGUCUCUUUAACAAAAUCACCCCUCCAGCUGGGGCAACUAAAGAAUUAUUGAGAGUGUGUUCAACAUCCCAGGGUGUAAAGGAUUACAGUGUCCCUUUGGGUUUGGAUGCCAAAGUCCAUGUGGACCUUGUGGUUGUGGGUUCAGUUGCUGUAUCAGAACAAGGUUGGAGAAUCGGGAAAGGGGAAGGUUUUGCUGAUAUGGAAUAUGCAAUGAUGGUGGCUAUGGGAGCAGUCACUGAACACACAGUUGUGGUCACAGUAGUUCACGAUUGUCAAGUGGUUGACUUUUCAGAGGAGCUGUUAGACGAUCACGAUCUCACAGUAGAUUUCAUUUUGACACCUACACGCGUUAUUAAAACUGAAUGCAUGCGCCCAAAGCCACAAGGAAUAAUAUGGUCUAAGAUUAGUGAGGAAAUGAUGGUUAAGAUACCGAUUCUAAGAAAACUUCUAGACAAAGAAAGAAGAGCUGGAAAAGAUGUUAAUCUGAAAACCAGUGAAGAUUCCACUGCUGAAAGCAGGAAUGAAUAUUCAUGUUCCAGGGUAUCUGAGAAGACUACUGAAGUAUCCAGCUCUAGAAAGCAAGGGUUGACUGAUCGGCAGGACACUGUGCAGGAGGUGGCCACAGUGUAUGUAGGAGAUAUCCCACAGAGUACUCGAGUUAGUGAGCUGAAGGGCAUAUUAAGAGAGCGAGGAGCAGCACCGCUGAGGCUAACAUGGCAAGGAGCCCAGCACAGGGCCUUCCUUGACUACCAGGACAGGUGCCAGGCGGAAAAGGCCCUGAAUAGCUUGGCAGGUCUGAGCAUUGCUGGUCAUUCUGUUCGAAUAGAAAUGGCCAGAACGCAAAGACUUAAAGGAAAUGAACGGCGAGGGUAUGAGGACAAGGAAUCUGGAACACUCAUAAAUCAAAGCAAAUUAAGUGAUCAGAUUGGAUCAAGUUAAGUAUUAAGCUUUUUUUCUGACUGAUAUAUACUCCUCGGGUACUGUGGAAUUGGACUCUAAAAUCCUUCUAGACAUCAUUAAAAAAAAAAAUUAAAACACUCCAAGGAUAUGAAAGACCAUCCUUUACCUUUUUAAAUUAUGUAAGACUGCUUUACUUCAAUUGCAGAUUUCAAAAAAUGAAUGGACGUGAACAACUCAUUAUUUUAGUGCUUGCUGUGUCUGGCUUAGCACACAUUUUGAAAAGAAAAGUAGGUUUAUUCAGCAAUGAAAAAAAAACAUAAAAACAUUAUCUGUGACUUAUUUUAAGAAAUAUAACAAAAUGUUGUCAUAUUGCAA